CGGUGACCGUGACCAUUGUUUGUACAUGUAUUAUUCGCCAUGUGUGCUUACUGACUACGUGACUCGCCAAAGGCAAAGGACAAAGGAAAAAAUCAAUGAUCGCAAUCCGCCAUCAAUGUUACCAUUUGCGAAAGACAAUGGAUCAUCGAAGCUUUCCAACUUUCCUUCAGAUAUAUCUUCUGAUUUGGGUGUGUGUAGAAGUUCAUUCGGCCCAUAUCCUAAUGUCGGGAUUUGUCGGGAAAGGAAGCCAUUUUCUUUGCCUAGUCCCGAUCGGGAAAAGCCUUGUACGUCAAGGUCAUAAUGUUUCAAUGCUCAUCAGUGACGAAUACAAGGACAGGGCCAACGACCCCGAACUCAGAAAAUUCUUCAAUUUCGAGAUCUACAAAAACACAGAUCCGCAAUAUUCUACUAGGGAAUAUUUUCAACUAGUGGAGGAGUUGGGCUACAGUGAAAAAGGAGACAUGGUUUCUUUUUUCAAAUCAUUGUCCUCAUUUAAAAAGAUUCUAAUAAAAACAUGCGAGUUUGUCUUGGAAGAUAAAGAAAUGAUGGAUCGUUUUGCGACGUUAGACGCGAUUGUAUCUGAUAUUGGUUGGCCAUGUUCUGGUCUGAUCAAGUUAUACCUGAAGAAAUUUUAUAAUAACACCGGUGUUCGUCUUGUUUUGGACACACCUACCACUCCGAAUAUAGCCAUGUUAGAUGCCUCAGGUUCUCAUUUUAACGCAGCCUAUCAGCCAGCUAUUAUGUCUGGCUUUACUUCCAAUAUGACCUUCAUUGAAAGAACUAUCAACGCACUGUCUGGAUAUAGUAUGAGACUGUUCAUCAUGUUGGCGGGAAAUGCGUUUUUUCCUCUCGCCGAUAAAUAUGGGUUGCGAGAUCAAAUCCCCGCCUUGGAAUAUUCCCAAGCGGCCAUUGCUGAUCUGAGUCUAGGGAGUUUCGACUUCGCAAUCGAGUUUCCAUUUCCGAUAUCUCCAAGUUUGAUACCUGUGGGAGGCCUUACAGCUGAACCUCCGAACGACCUUCCGCAAGACCUAGAAGAUUUCAUCCAAAGUUCUGGAGAUGACGGUGUAAUAGUGUUCACCCUCGGUACCUACUUUGCAAGUUUUGCUACUUCCAGACCUCACCUGUUGAAGAUGUUCAUCGAUGCCUUGGCCAAGGUACCUCAGAAGGUCAUCGUGCAACUCAAGGUCAUGCCCCAGUACGACCUUCCAUCAAAUAUUAAAGCUUUACCAUGGCUACCUCAGAAUGACCUCCUUGGUCAUCCCAAGACUCGACUCUUCAUAUACCACGGAGGCAACAACGGGUUCUACGAAGCUGUUUAUCAUGGCGUACCUACUAUCGUUCUGCCGUUCUUUGGGGAUCAACUGGACACUGCCUCCAGAAUCACUUAUCACGGUAUGGGACUUAAACUUGACAAGAUGAUACUGAGCGUCGACUACAUUUAUAAUAACGUGAUAGAAGUUUUAGGAGACAAUAGAUACAGUGUAGCAGCUAAACGGCUUUCCGCCAUCUUUAGAGAUCGGCCAAUGACUCCUGCUGAUCGAGCUGCUUUCUGGAUCCAACACGUGAUCAAACAUGGCGGCGACUACCUACGAACUCCUGCUGAUGAUUUAUCAUUCAUUCAGUACAAUAUGAUUGAUGUUUAUGCAUUUCUUGCGGGUGUAGUUGUGACCAUAUUGUUUGUAUUUUACCACAUUACACGGUGCUUCGUUGCUUGCUGUAUUGGAAAGAAAGGUAACACUAAAGAGAAACGCCGGUAAAAAAAAGAAGCGAUCGAAUUACAAAAUUUAACACAAAAUUAAUAUUCGCCAGAUUAAAUCGCUAGGAAGGCAAUAAGUUCCCAAAUUUAAUGUGACAUUAUUAAUUUCUAAAUCUAAUGUUGCGGUUAUUAUAGAGCUAUACAACAAACAAAUGUCUUUUCAUUGCUCUUCUUUUUCCAUAUCAAUCUCUUUCACUACUUGUAUGAUCAAAGAUAGUGGUCGCCUGCCCCCUUGCCUGAUGUCUUCAUUUCUCAGGAUAAAAAAAAUUGAUUAUUAAAGCAGCUUCAGAACUUCCGAAGAGCUGCAUCGUGAAAGACGGUUUAUCAAUGUAUACAAUGAAUACUAUUUACAACCUUACUCAGCAGUGGGUCGAUGACUCGAUAUGAACUCUAUUUGCAUUUUUGCUUUGUUAAUGUGCAAUCCCAAUAUAAUAUGUUAUCUUUAGUUUUGAAAUGAUGCAUUUUUUUGUUAUGUAUAUAUCUUAUCAUACAGUUUGUGUCUUGACGAUGGCUCCGCUGUUAACCUUUUUUGCUCUCGUUUAUCAAUUAGAUUAAACCUGAAUGACUAAUAAAUGA